AUGCCAGGCCUUACCCUUAUCGGCAACAAACGUGCAGGAAUCCUGAUGGACAGUGAACGCUGGCAGGGAAGACUGAUUAAACAAGACACGAAAUUAUCUCCAUCCGGACGAUCCAUUAGCGUUACAGUCCGCCUCGGUAGACGCGCCGAGCUCGUGCUGGCUGCAACGUAUUUGCCAGAUACCCCUCAAGCAAACAUAAUGACAACUAAACAAGAGAGGGACUGGAUCGAUACGCGCAUUGAACUCGCGCAGCAACGCCAACAAAUCAUCAUAGUAGGGGGAGACUUCAACGCAUAUCCAGAUGGUGGCUUAGACCGGCAAGGCCCAGGGGCUCAGGCGGCGGGUGCGCGACGGCAAAGUGAGUACUUCAAGCAAUGGACCGAGGUAAACGGCCUAGUGUCAACGUUCAAACAGCGACACCCCCGAACACCGCGGUUCACGUACUCAAAUGGAGGUACUUACACAGCACUAGACAACAUCUACAUCAACUCGCAGCAUGCACACCAAGUCGAACAGAGCGGGAUAUGGUUGUAUUCCGUCAAUCGAGGAGACCACGUCGGUACGCCUUUUGUCAGCCUAGCUCUCAGCCAACUGCAGGAAACGCGCAGACACCUGAAAGGUGUGAGGUCCAUACGGCACGUUGAUACUAAGAAGAAAACCCCGGAGGAGAUGAUGGAGUAUACGCAAACGCUAUCUGACAUGUUAGCGACAGGAAAACUGUCUCUGAUGGACUCAAUUAACGUGGCUAAUAGCAGCGAAGAGGCAAUAACGACGUGGCUCCAUGAAUCCAUCGAGAACGUGUACAAGUGUAUAUACUCUGCGGCCAAGCAUUUGUGGGGGGAAAAGAGUCAAGCGAGGAAAGUAAUUGACAGAGCCGUAAGCAAGAAACGCACCGCGCGAUGCCAUGACCAGUUUAACUGCGAAGCUGCAUGGUCAUCCUGGCGGAUACUCUGCAGUAAACUAGCGUCACACAGAAGGUAUCCUCUCCUUCGCCUGAUCGAAAGUUCCCCUCCACAACAACCACGCCACAGCACGCCACACUACAUGUACAGACACAUCGAGAGUACGCUGUAA